AUGAAGUCCGUCAUCGUCGCCCUUCUGGCCACCGUUGCCAUGGCCGCCCCGGCCGCCGAGCUUGAGGUCGCCCGCCAGGUCACCACCAAGACCGUGCCUGCCUGCGCCUGUAUCAACGCGGCCGGCGACACCACCACCGGCGCCUGCAUCUACGGCAACGGCGCCAUCGCCGUGCUUGACGGCAAGCAAUACUGCUACCCUCACACUGCCCGGCUCGAGGAACGCACCCCGAGCCUUUACACCCCGUCCGAGUGUGCCAAUGGCUACCCGCUCUUCCCCCUGAGCUCCUGCAAGACGGUCACCGUGUGCGUAGAGGCCGACGGCUGGUACAGGCUCUGUUAA